AUGAAGCCAUCUCGAACAAUCCUAGUCCUCAAAACAGUUAUCAUCCUGGCAUUGCCACACAUGGAGAACCGUCGGUAUAAUGACUACAGCGAGGCCUUAUCCAGCGAGACAUCGCCCACUUUUCCCUCAGCCUUUGACUCGAGUCACCGGACCAACACCAGCAGCACCUUGAUCACCUGCGACCACGCCACAUCAACCAUUGGGCGCUUUCUAUCUUCCACGUCGACCUACAAGACGCCCACUCUCAGCGUGACAACUAGCCUGGCCGACAAGAAACAGAAAAAGGCCCGAGGUGCCACCUUCAACGAAGGGGUCCCAACGCCGACAACGGUAGCCGUGGCCAUUAUGCAGUGUACCCAGACGGCGCGAACCCGUCGCGUCACCUCGUCCCCGUCCAGCACGCCGUCUUCAUCAACGCCAGUCGCUUGUCAGGCCUACAUCGUCUCGCUGACCAACAUGGCCCGCAGUGGCACUGCUACAUCCUCUGCCGCGGCGACAUCUAUCAUGACCAGUUGCGGUCCGGCCAAGCCGACCAAGACGACGGAAACACCCCACAUACCCACGACCAUCCCCGUCACCCUAGACAACAGCAUCUGCUUCAUGUCGACCGUCGCCUCCACUGGCCUCUUUACGGCUGGGUCCGACAUCACCACCACGAUGUUUACAGCCCACAAGCCAACGAAGACGUGCAGGCCAAUCGGAUGGGGGAUACGUUGGUCGUGGAUGAUGGAUAACGCCGUCACAACGACCACGUCGGGUGACGAUGGUCGAGCGACAAGAACGCGGAUAUAA